AUGCUGGAAUAAUAAAAGAUAAUGUUUUUUUCUAAGAUGACUAAAGAAGAUUAUGAAGAUGGUAUAGAUGUUCAUUUAAAUGGGUUUAUAAAUGUUGUAAAGCGGCUUGGCCUUAUACCAUUAAAUAGAGAUAUGGAAAGGUUAUAAAUAGAAUAUAUGGCUCUGAUUUAUAUGGUUAAAUAGGAUAGGCUAAUUCUACUACUGCAAAAUAUGCCAUUAUUGGAUUUUCUAUAAGUCUUACCAAAGAAGGUGAAGAAUUUAAUAUAAGAACUAAUGUUUUAUCACCUGUUGCUGCCUCUAGAAUGACUGAAACUAUUUUAUCUCAAGAUAUGCUUAAGUGUAUUAAUCCUAACAAUCUUGCUCCAUCUGUUGCUUUUUUGUGCAUUGAUGAUUGUUAAGUAUUAUCUAAGAAUGUUCUGGAGGUUUUAUUAGUAGAGUAACAUUAGAUAAAGAGCCUAUUGAUUUUCUUAAAUGGUCAAAAUUAAAAAAAAAUAUUAUUUAGAAUUAUAUUUCAUUCAGUUAUUUCCUAUUUGAUAAUUUCUUAAUUAUCUAUAAUAUAAAUUAUAUUUCAAUUACUAUUUAUUUUAUAAUAUUUACACAGCUUUAUCAUCCAUAUUUCAAAUUCAAAUACUUUUACAUCUAUCUCUUAACUAUUUUCUAAACUAUUUUAUGAUACUUAUAAUAACUUUUUCUUUUGCAUUUUACUUAAAUUCUAUCGUAUAACUUUCAUCAUAAAUUUUAGUAGAAAUUUUAAAUGUGGAAUUUAAGAGAUUAAAAAUAAAUUUAAUUUUUAUGCCAAAAAGAAAUAAUAGAAAAAAGGAAAGCAAGAAUAAAUUAGAAAAAAAUACAGAAUAAACUGAAGAAAAAGAACAAAUAGAAUCAGCACCUGAUAUUGAUAAAAAUUUAUAAGAGUAAGAAAUUUAAGAAGAAAAAAGUAUUAAUUAAAUCAAUGAAAAUAAUCAAGAAAACAAUAAAUAAAUUUUAGAAUAAAAUUAAUAAGUUGUCAAAUAGGUUUUAAUAUAAGGGCAAGAUUAAAAUAAUUUAAAUUGUGAAUAAAAGUAAUCAUAAAUGGAAUCUAUAACUACCAAUGAUGGAUAAUUAAUAGAAGAAAAAAAUUAGCAUGAUUAGUUAGAAUAAUUUAGUGAAACUUAAUCAUAAAAUUAAUUAGUUGAUGAUUAAAAGUAAAAAAUAGCAACAGAAUAAAAGGAAUAAUACAAUUAAGAAAAAUAAGAAGUAGAAUAAGCAGGGAUUUAAGAAAAAUAAUAAAAUUAAAAAGUUGAAGAAUAAGUAAAAUAAGAUGAAGUUUAAGAAAAAUAAUAGACUAUAGAAGUUGAAUAAAUAACAUUAGAAAAUUAAAAUUAAUAAGAAUAAAUAAAUUAGGAAGUGAAUUCUGAAAAUUAAUAAAUUAAAGAAGUUGAAUAAAUAACAUUAGAAAAUUAAAAUUAAUAAGAAUAAAUAAUUUAAGAAGUGAAUUCUGAAAAUUAAUAAAUUAAAGAAGUUGAAUAAAUAACAUUAGAAAAUUAAAAUUAAUAAGAAUAAAUAAUUUAAGAAGUGAAUUCUGAAAAUUAAUAAAUUAAAGAAGUUGAAUAAAUAACAUUAGAAAAUUAAAAUUAAUAAGAAUAAAUAAUUUAAGAAGUGAAUUCUGAAAAUUAAUAAAUUAAAGAAGUUGAAUAAAUAACAUUAGAAAAUUAAAAUUAAUAAGAAUAAAUAAUUUAAGAAGUGAAUUCUGAAAAUUAAUAAAUUAAAGAAGUUGAAUAAAUAACAUUAGAAAAUUAAAAUUAAUAAGAAUAAAUAAUUUAAGAAGUGAAUUCUGAAAAUUAAUAAAUUAAAGAAGUUGAAUAAAUAACAUUAGAAAAUUAAAAUUAAUAAGAAUAAAUAAUUUAAGAAGUGAAUUCUGAAAAUUAAUAAAUUAAAGAAGUUGAAUAAAUAACAUUAGAAAAUUAAAAUUAAUAAGAAUAAAUAAUUUAAGAAGUGAAUUCUGAAAAUUAAUAAAUUAAAGAAGUUGAAUAAAUAACAUUAGAAAAUUAAAAUUAAUAAGAAUAAAUAAUUUAAGAAGUGAAUUCUGAAAAUUAAUAAAUUAAAGAAGUUGAAUAAAUAACAUUAGAAAAUUAAAAUUAAUAAGAAUAAAUAAUUUAAGAAGUGAAUUCUGAAAAUUAAUAAAUUAAAGAAGUUGAAUAAAUAACAUUAGAAAAUUAAAAUAAAUAAGAAUAAAUAAUUUAGGAAGUGAUUUCGGAAAAUUAAUAAAAUUAAGAAGUUGAAUAAAUAACAUUAGAAAAUUAAAAUGGAGAAUUAUAGAAUGUAGAACCAUAGAGAAUUGGAACAUUUAAUUCAGAAGUAGAUAGAAUUGUUAAUUAAUAAUUUAUAUAGGAAAACAAGAUUUAAGCAUUGAAUAAUAAACAUGAAGAUAGUUUAUAGGUUAAAGAGCCUAAAAUUCAAAAUUAGGUUUAAGCUGACUCUAUAAAUGAAUAAGCAGUUGUUUGUUAAAAACCUUUGAUUUAAAAAAAGAAAUAAGAAACUGAAGUAGUUGAAUAUAAUCCAACUGAGAUUAAAGAAAAAUAAAUUCCUGUUAUUUAGAUUGAGUAAAAUUAGGUUGUUCUAAAUGCUUAAAGUCCUGUAAUAGUGUAGAAAGCAAAUGAUUAAGUAAUGAUAGAAGGUGCUCCAUAAAUAUAAUUAAAGAAAUAAAAUGAUGAUGUAAUUUUGGAAGGAGUGCAAAAGUAAAAAAUAGAAAAAAAAGUUGAAUAAACAAAUAUUGAAAUUUAACAAAAAAUAGAGAUUUAAUAACAUUAAUAAUAGAUUGAAUUAGAAAAGUAACCAUAAAUGGAAUAAUAAGUAAUUAUAGAGAAAGGUGAGACUCAGAUUACAGAGUAAGUAGAAAUUCAAAAGGUUCUAAAUGAAAUAGUAAUAAUUGAAAAGACCUAAGUGUAAACAGAGAAGACAAAUGAUAAUGUUUACUUAUAAUAGAUGCCAAUAAUUUAAUAGGAAUUUCACCAUGAAGUUUAAAUAGAGUAGGUUUAAGAAAUAAGUUUGGAAUCAAAAAAUUAAGAGACUAGUGUAGAAUAAUGUCCUUAAAUUGAAAUAUCGAAUACUGUAUAGACAACAUCUCUUCUUGAAUAACCCAUAAUUAAUUUAGAGGUUAAUAAAUUCAUUGAAUAAGUAAACUCAAGCCCAGAUACAUAAUCUGUGAUUACAUAACAAAUACAUUCCAUUGAACAUGCACCAAAAUCAAUCAUUGAGUAGUAAGAAUAGUUUUCUAUGAUCAUUCAAGCACCUUAAACAGAAAUCAAGGUAAAUUAAAAUUAAGAUAAAUCAGAAGCUUAAUAAGAAUUGAAAGUAGAAGAUAAUUAAUAGUAAAUAAAAAUAAUUCAUUAGGAAGAGCAUUUAAUAUAAUAAGAUGAAACUCCAAUUCUAAAUUAAUCCUCUCAUUAAAUUAUUAAUGAUGAAAAAAAAGAAGUUAUCGUCUAAAAUCCUUAAGCAAAUAUUAAUCAAGUUCAUAUCAAUGAUGAUUAAAACUUAUAAUAGAUUUAAUAAAAUUAAUUUGAUGAAUCUAAUAAUAAAUAAAUACCAGAUUUAAUAACUGUACAACAUCAAAAUGAUACUUAAAAAUAAGCUUAAUCUGAAAUUAAUUAAACUUAAUCUACAAUACUUCAAUAAGUACCUUAAGAAGUUGGUGUAUUAAGUUUAUCUAUUGCUGCUGCUGCUGGAGCUUCCUAAUUAAUUAUAAAAAAUGGAAUCAAAUCUAAAGGAGGCCUAUUUGCAUCUUUAGCUGGUUCUGCAAUAUUAUAUGCUGGAUAUAGAUAUUUAAAAUCCAAAGGUUAAUAAAAUUAAAAAAGAAGUUGAG